GCUGCCCAGCGCUGCUGCGCUGGCCCUGCGCUCAUUUAGGGCUGGGAUCAGGGAAAGUGGAGUGAGUCUCCAGCCCGGGUUUGAAGGCAGGUGGCGAGAUGAGGCGGGCUCCAGCGUUCCUGAGCGCAGCCGAGGUGCAGGACCACCUUCGCAGCUCCAGCCUCCUCAUCCCGCCCUUGGAGACCGCUCUGGCCAACUUCUCCAGAGGUCCCGAUGGAGGGGUCAUGCAGCCGGUGCGCACCGUGGUACCGGUAGCCAAGCACCGAGGCUUCCUGGGAGUCAUGCCAGCCUACAGUGCUGCUGAGGAUGCCCUCACAACCAAGUUAGUCACCUUCUACGAGGGCCACAGCAACACAUCCUCCGUCCCCUCCCACCAGGCUUCAGUGCUUCUCUUUGAUCCCAACAAUGGCUCCCUGCUGGCGGUCAUGGAUGGAAACGUCAUAACUGCAAAGAGAACAGCAGCUGUGUCUGCCAUUGCCACAAAGUUUUUGAAACCCCCAAACAGUGACGUGCUGUGCAUCCUUGGGGCUGGGGUCCAGGCGUACAGUCAUUAUGAGAUCUUCACAGAACAGUUCUCCUUCAAGGAGGUGAGAAUAUGGAACCGCACUAGGGAAAACGCAGAGAAGUUUGCAAGCACAGUGCAAGGAGAUGUUCGGGUCUGUUCAUCGGUGCAGGAGGCUGUGGCAGGUGCUGAUGUCAUCAUCACAGUCACCAUGGCAACAGAGCCCCUUUUAUUUGGUGAAUGGGUGAAGCCGGGGGCUCACAUCAAUGCCGUUGGAGCCAGCAGACCUGACUGGCGAGAACUGGAUGAUGAGCUCAUGAAGCAAGCGGUGCUGUAUGUGGACUCCCGGGAGGCCGCCCUGAAGGAGUCAGGGGACGUUCUGUUGUCAGGGGCUGACAUCUUCGCUGAGCUUGGAGAAGUGAUAUCAGGAGUGAAGCCUGCACAGUGUGAGAAGACCACGGUGUUCAAAUCCUUGGGGAUGGCAGUGGAAGACUUGGUGGCAGCCAAACUAGUGUAUGAUUCCUGGUCAUCUGGCAAGUGAGAGGAAGGGCUGUGCACUGAACUCCGUUACAGCUCAAAGGCCGUCUCAUGAUGGAUGUCCAGAUCAAUGAGGGAGCCUAGUCCCCGUGAACUGCAGUGGUUUUCAUCUUUGAGUGCCGACAUCCCUACUCGUGUUUGCAGUUGGGUAGCUAACCCAGGUAACUAUUUCUUCUGUUACAAGGUGAUGUCAUCAUUGCCUACUCUCCAUCUCACUAGCUUUGUGUGUCUGUGAAAUAAAUAAAGCAUUUCCAUUUCUUCA